AUGAGAGGGUCGUGGUGGCAUGGUAAUCAGAGGAGUGAACACGAGCUGAUCAGUGCCCUCGCAGCACCACGGCUUCCCGGCCGCCCCCAUCCACCUACCCCCACCUCACAAGGGCCUAACAUCCCGCUCCCCCUCCCUCCUCCAAAGACUCCCAUUAGACACGCACUCGCUCUUCACCCCUCCAGGGCUCCCUCCCCCCACCCACACAUCACCCCCUCUUUUCCCUCCUCCUCUCCCAGAGGACGGGACAGAGGACUAACCUGCAACCUCUGGACCCCAGAGCGGGAGACCCUACAGAUCAAGUUCACCGAUCAACGGUUCAGCCAUCCACGUAGCUGGGGGUGGCCUCCUUCCCUGUCACAGCCUACAAGGUCACUGGGCCAAGAGGCGGGUCCUAGCUGUCUGGAGCACGGUCCGGGAUCGGAUGGUGGGAGGGGCCGGGGCAUACGGCCUGGCCAACCUCGAGCUCUAAUCCACCUACCGGAUUGCUGUCAUCCCCUUAGACGCGUUCAUAACUACCGGCCCAAGGAGGAUACAGUGUGUUCAGAGGCGUGA